CAUGGGACAGAAAGAGGUGAAAGGUAAUUUGGUUGUGUCUGAAGUGCAGCGAGGAGGUUUCUGCUGAAAGAAUGAUGAAUGUGAACAGAUUAAUAGUCUUUAAUCGGACUUUUCGAAUCGGAGAGCGGCUGCUUGGCUGUCACAUAAGGCAUGCUGGGAAAGAAGAGCUGCGGCUACAGCAGCGGAGGACCAUUAAAACUCACUCACGACACCUGGCAUACGCGAAGGAUCUGUUCCUUGGGCAGGUGAACAAGACUGAAGUCUUUCCUUAUCCAGAAAUUGGAAAUGAAGAGUUGGAGGAGAUGAAGCAGCUUGUUGCACCGGUGGAGAAAUUCUUCAGUGAAGAAGUUGACUCAGCAAAAAUUGACCAAGAGGCCAAAAUCCCUCCAGAGACUUUAAACGGGUUGAAGGAUCUUGGGCUGUUUGGAAUCAUGAUUCCUGAGGAAUACGGGGGUCUUGGAUUGUCCAACACCAUUUAUGCACGACUGAAUGAGAUCAUAGCCUUAGAUGGCUCUAUUGCUGUCACACUGGCUGCUCAUCAAGCCAUUGGACUGAAGGGGAUCCUGAUAGCAGGCAGUGAAGCCCAGAAGCAGAAGUAUCUGCCAAAGCUAGCCUCAGGGGAACACAUUGCAGCUUUCUGCCUGACAGAGCCUGGAAGUGGAAGUGAUGCAGCCUCCAUUCAGACCCGAGCAACCCUGUCUGAAGAUGGAAAGCAUUAUCUUAUCACCGGCUCCAAGUUCUGGAUUUCUAAUGGAGGGAUGGCGGACAUCAUGACAGUGUUUGCCAGAACUGAGGUGGAAGUAGAUGGUGUGAAGAAAGACAAGAUUUCUGCAUUCAUUGUGGAGAGGGCUUUUGGGGGGAUCACCAGCGGCAAGCCUGAGGACAAACUGGGCAUCAGGGGAUCCAACACCUGUGAGUUGUCCUUUGACAAUGUCCCAGUACCAGUUGAGAACGUGAUAGGAGAAGUUGGAGGUGGAUUCAAGAUCGCCAUGAACAUCCUGAACUCAGGGAGGUUCAGUAUGGGCAGCUCCUGUGCCGGAAUGAUUAAAAAGCUGAUAGAGCUGACAUCCGAGUACGCUGUGACCAGGAAGCAGUUUAACAAAAGCCUGAGUGAGUUUGGUAUGAUCCAGGACAAGUUUGCAACAAUGGCCCUUAAUGCCUUCGUGAUGGAGAGCAUGGCGUACCUGACGGCAGGGAUGAUGGACAGACCGGGCCUUCCAGACUGUUCUGUGGAGGCAGCCAUGGUCAAGGUGUUCAGCUCAGAGGGAGGCUGGAUCUGUGUGAGCGAGGCUCUUCAAGUGCUCGGAGGUUUGGGAUAUACUAAGAACUAUCCCUUUGAGCGCUACGUCAGGGACUGUCGCAUCCUGCCCAUCUUUGAGGGGACUAAUGAAAUCCUGAGGAUGUACAUCGCUCUCACUGGAAUGCAGUAUGCUGGCAAAAUCCUCACGGGGAGAAUAAAGGAGAUGAAGAAAGGAAAUAUAGGUCUUGCUCUAGGCAUGGCCAGCAAGAAACUGAAGACCUCGCUUGGAGCUUCAGUAGACCUGGGCCUGACUGGGAAAGAUGGAGUGGUGCAUCCCAGCUUGGAAGAGAGUGCGAAGAAGCUGGAGCAGAACGUCAGCCUCUUUGGGUCGACUGUGGAGAGCCUGCUGUACAGAUAUGGAAAGACCAUAGUGGACGAGCAGCUCAUCCUGAAGAGAGUAGCAGAUGUGCUGAUCAACAUGUACGCUAUGACGGCCGUCCUGUCCAGAGCGAGCCGCUCCAUCAGCAUCGGUCUCAGGAACCACGACCAUGAGGUGCUGCUUGCAAACACAUUCUGCAACGAUGCUUUCUUCAAGAACAAUUACUGGAUGGUUCAGCUGCAAAAACACUCUCCUGAGAACGAUGAUGCCAACAUCAAGAAGAUUGCCAAACAGGUCCUGGAGAACAGAGCCUACAUCUGUUCUCACCCUCUUGAAAGAACUUACUGAGCUCUCCACUGUGACCAUAAGACUGUUCCCAGCACUCUGAUUGGACUGUUUGGAUCAGUUAACUGACAUUUCCACUCUUGUAUUAGUGCUUGAGCCUACAUUAAAUUAACACAUAAAAAUACUGAUAUUAACCAUUUUGGAUUAAUAGUGACUUCAGUGGUAGCACCUGAGAUCAGACUUCUGCUGUGAUGGCAUUACAUGAAGCUCAGUCUGAAGUGCUCUUGCAAGAUGCUAGUUUUAAUGAACUGUUCGGUACAGAGGGUACAGUUUUCAUGUUUUUUUUUCCUGAACAGCUGAUCCAUGUUUCCUCAUGUUUGAUGCCUACUUUUGAAAUCUGAAGACGUUCCUCUCCUUGUCUGUUAGAGGCAGGGCAAUCCGCUUGUAUAGGAAUGAAUGCUGCUCACAGAAUCCACUGUAAGAGGCAACAGAACAGAGCAUAUUACUUCGAAAUCCUUUUCUCAUUUUCUCCAGUAUCUGCCUUUUUAAACUGCUCUUGAACUCACUUGUAGUGGUACUCGCUGUACUGAGAGCUGUGUCUGGGAAAGGCGUUCCUUCCGAGGCUGCAGGCCAUGCACGGGCCCGGAGCCAGAGGUGCUCUCUCCAUUUCUUCUGCUUUGUCAUCAGCAACGUUUAUCACAGACAGCUGAGGUAAAGGCUGUGACACAAAACACAGCUGUCGGCUCAAAGGUUAUCACAGUUUACUGCAAGCAAAGCCGUGACAAUAAGCAAGGUGUAAACGAAAGCAUGUGUAGGGUAAAUGGCCUUUAAAGCUGUAUCUACCUUUUGUUAACACUGACACAUUUUACCUUAAUAAAGCUGUGGCUGGCAAAAUG